AGUAACUAGUAGCGUAAAUGACUACACAAAAUACGCAGAUACUUUCAAAGAAAUUGGCCAUGCAAGCUCAUCAGUGGGGGUUCCGAAGAAAUAUUUUCUAAUCCAAAAAUAUUUUGGCAAAUAAGGGGGAACAUUUUUCUUCUACACAGUGUGUUCUGUCAAGGUCUUUCCCAUAAAUCGUGCAAGCAAGGAGUAGAUUCGCCUGAACUUGUAAGUGUAUCUUUUUUGCGGUAAUCUUACCCUCUCACGUGUUUAUCAACAUUUCUAUCGACUGAGACGUUAUGAAAUCAACAUACAGACAUUCACAGCGGCUAUACAGGUGACUCCCACGUUUAUCCGCUUUAAUAAAAACUGUAAAGUAAAUAGAAGUGCGGCUCGAUCUUUUGAAAACAGUGCGGUAAAAAGUAGUGCGCCUGUUACCAAAUUGGAUCGCAAUGGCUACAUACUCCAUGACUUCCGAAAACGAUGCAUGGGCCCUUCUUGCAUUGAAAUCGGCCCCCGCUAGCCCUUCGAAGGUCCAGUGGAGUCCUGACGAUAAAGGGGAAGCGAUUGCACGUGUAGAGGGGCGAGAUUUUGAAUAUCUAGUCAGGCAGAGCCGUAUUGUUAUCGGUAGAAAUAGUUCACGUGGUGAUGUAGAUGUGAAUAUGGGACAUUCUAGUUUCAUAUCUCGGAGGCAUUUAGAAGUUUUCUACGAACAUCCGUAUUUUUAUAUGCUGUGCAAUGGGAAAAAUGGAGUUUUCGUGGACGGCGUUUUCCAGCGGAAAGGAGCCCCAUCAAUCAGAUUACCCAAGACAUGCACAUUUAGAUUUCCAAGUACAAAUAUUCGACUAUCUUUCCAAUCACUGAUUGAUGACAAUAAUUGUGAGCCUCCACCCAAGGUUCGAGACAUUUCACCCGUGCGGAUGCGAGAUCGUUCAGGUGGCGGAGCUCAAGCAACAUUACAUCCUCUUAGGAUCAACAUACCAGAUGCGGAGUAUGGUAGUCCAUUUCCAUCUCCAACUGGCACUAUCAGCGCUGCUAAUAGCUGUCCUGCAAGCCCUAGAGCUCAUGGUGGGCAUUCUGCCAACCAUGGCAAGAGAAAUGUACAAGCAGAUCUGCAAAUGGUUGCCCAGUAUGCAGCCCAGGUGGCCCAUCGUGACGAUAGUCACCAUGUUCCUCCAAGUAAUAGCCCUGAUUACCGGCAAAGCACAUCAAAUGGAAAUGCUAUAUCUCAAGUUAUAAGCUCUGAAGGAAGCUAUCUAUCCAGCAGUGGAGGCGGUAAGGAUGACUCAAAACCUCCAUUCUCCUAUGCUCAGCUUAUAGUCCAAGCAAUUGCUAGCGCUCCUGAUAAGCAACUCACUUUGUCUGGAAUCUAUAGCUAUAUCACAAAGAAUUAUCCUUACUAUCGGACAGCUGAUAAAGGAUGGCAGAAUUCUAUUCGACAUAACCUAAGUCUCAACAGAUAUUUUAUUAAGGUACCUCGGAGUCAAGAAGAGCCUGGAAAAGGUUCUUUUUGGAGGAUAGAUCCCCAAUCUGAAACAAAACUUAUCGAGCAGGCCUUCAGGCGCAGGAGGCAAAGGGGCGUUUCUUGUUUUAGAGCACCAUUUGGGUUGAGUUCUAGGAGUGCACCAGCUUCACCAUCGCACGUCAGCAUGUCCGACAUCAUGACGCCCGAGUGCUUGUCGCGCGAAGGUUCCCCCAGCGGGAUGGAAACCUCUGGAGGGGAGGCUAGCCAAUCAGCGCCUGGCAGUCCUGGAGGAACGAUGGGUGGUGGGGGAACCGGAGCAUCGUACGCCGGUUCCGGAGCUAUGAUUGGCCAUCAGCAGAUGAGCGCACUGGUCGGGUCUACUAAGGCAAGGUUGAUGCUAUCGCACCAAGGAGAGGAUGCUAAUGGACAGGAGUAUAGAGAAGAAAAAUAUGUAGAAGAACGAUCUGUAUCUCCUUCUACAUUCUCGCCUCAACCUGUAAUCGUUCAAGCUGCAAAUUAUUCUCCUUAUAGCGGUGGAAGUUAUGGGAAUAUUGGAUUAGAUCUAAAAAGGCACAUCGACGAUCAAAGCGUCGGUAGUCCAUCUAGUACGGGCGAGAGCCUAGACAACCUACAAGAACCGGAUGCGAAGAGACCAAGGUCGGUGGGGAAAUACGAAGUAGAAUAAGUUAUUGGUGACUCUGGAGAAUGGAUUAUCAAGUUUUAUUAUUCCCAAGGUAAUACGUCGAAUCUGAACAUGAUGCGAGUUUGGUUGUAAUAUUUUGUCGGGAACUGAUUUUCGUUUAGUGUUUUUGAGGGGUUAAAAUGGUUUUCAUUUUGCCCCAGUUUUGAUGGACAACAUAACAGACGGCUAAAUGUCACUAUGAUGUACAGAAAUUAGAUGGAAAUGUGUGUUAGGUAUCACUCUUGCUCUAAAUUCUUUAAAUUUAUAGAUACUAGAUGUUGAAAUUGUAGUGCUAAACUAAGUAGGUAGCUGUUCAAAUUUUCUCACUUGAUACCUUUAAAGGUACACCCAGUGUAAUAGAAUCCAUGAAAUACGUAAUGGAUGGAAGAAAAUGAGUUUGGUUAAUGAUUCGUUUCUCAAUGUAAAAACCUUAGCGACUUUUGGUUAAUUUACUGUUGCUAAAAUAAUCUGAAUCUGUUUCAUGUCCUUCCAAUGUCACAAUGUCAACUAAUACUAUAUACUAAUAUAAAAGCCACUGAGUUGGGCAAGUUUGUGUUUGCUUUAAAAUUGAGCACUUGUCAUUCUUGUUACAAAUUCAGAAAAAGCAAAUGUUACAAAAUUUAAAUAGCAGACUAAACAUUGAUUUUUGUCGUGUGAAUCAUAAAAUCUCAUUAUAAGCGUACAGAAAAAUAAACAUAUUGUACCUCGGUGGCGUUCAAAAUUUACAAAUUAUUAUAUAACUAAUUACACAAGCCGAAAAAAGUGAGCCGAGCCUCUUACCCAGAAACCAGAGUAUAUAUAUUUUUUUCGGAAGGUUUUUGAUGAGCUGAAUCCGAAUCCGUGGCCUAAAUAUCUGAAUUGGCUCUAGUUUCCGAGGUAUACCAACCCGAAAGUUCAAAAAUGGCGAGUUUUUAUGUAGCAUUGCGAUUCUUUUCCAAAAAACUAUACAAAUAAGUUUUGCUCUUUCAAAUGCCGUCAAGAUUUGGCUUAAAUAUCUUUUUCCAUGGAGCGUAUCUACCUCGAGAAACUACGACAGUGCCGUUCGUGCUGUAAAAUCGACCCCGAAACUUGACGUCUGGAGUACGAGUGGUGCUUUGACAGGGUUGCCACGUUGGGGGAUUUUCCACAAAAUUUGUGGGAUUUUUACUUAUAUAAUUUUUUUGGGGAUAUAAUGUUUUGGGGAAAUCACACGUCUACGGAUAGAAAGUUCUCCCACUCUUUAAACCAAACCUAUCCCUUUCCAUCAAUUAACAGUGAUUUGGGUUUUUUUUUUGUUUAGAUAGCAAUUCUGAGGGAUUUUUGAGCUCGUUCUGGGAAAUUCUAUCCGACACAUUUGGCAACGCUAGUCUGGCAUCCCGCCGCUUGAAUCUGUAGGUAUAUUUUUUUAUCGAUCUUGUUUUUAUGAAUGAUAAAUAAUAGUAUAAUAGGCAUGGUUGCCUUUGCCAGUCAACCCUGCUGUAAUCUGUUCUAGUAUUAUUUUCAUAAAAAUUAAGUUUUACAAAAAAAAAACUUAACUGCAGAUUCAAGCGCCCGUAUCCCGUACAAUAACCUCAGAAACCCUGCGCAUGCGCAGUAACUGGUACUCUCUUCGAUCACUGCGCCCUUGGCAAGGCGUGCGUCAAGUUCUGAGGUCGAUUUUCGCUCAUUUCGCCGUUUAUAAACUCCAUGAUCUUUUUCUUUCGCUGAGGUAUGAUACUAUGAAAUUUUUAUUUUGCUGUUCCAGGUCGGUUUAGCAUCUAUCAGAAGGCAGUAUUAUUUUAUUUUUCAAAAAGUGCGUAAUCUAAAAUAGUAUGCUUAAAAUCGGCGUUGAUCGGGUAGGGUGGAUUGUUGGCUUGUGGUUUGGGUAAGUUUAGAUAUUUCAUGCAUGUAUGGGUUUUUUCAGUUGGCGUGCCUUAUUUCAUAAAAAUACAUUAACUUAUUAUAAAAUUGUUGGUGGGUUAUAAUUCAAACAACUGUCAAAACAGAGUCUAACGUACUUACUUUCAACACACACUUUUUCAAAAAUAAAGUAUUACUUUCUUCUGACAGAAGCUAAACAUCGUUCAAAAUGAAAAUUUCAAAAGGCCAUGCCUCAGCGAAAUAAACAGAUUUUUAAGCAAGCUCAACGUCAUCUGGAAGGCCUAGGCGUGUACUUUGUGAUUAUAUCCGUUUUUUGAAAAAAAAGCAAUUCGCAAUGCUACAUAACCUCAAAUAAAUAAAAAAAUAACUAUUUUUGCACUUUUAUGUUGAUAUAUUUCGGAAAUUAGUGCCAAUUGAGAGAUUUGGACCACGGAUUUGGAUUCAGCGCCUUCGGGAACGUUUGAAUUUUCCUGGUAAAAUCAAGUUUCAUUUUGGGUAUACUCAGACUUUGUUUUGUUAAGGUUGAUUCAAAAUUUUGUAGCCUGAAAUAGUUAGCACACUGCUUGUUAUUAUGUAGCAAAACUUUAAUCAAUUAAAUAUUAAUUAAUUUAAAAUUCUAUUUCCUUAGAACAUGUACAGGGUAAAUAAUACAAUGAAUUUGUUCAGAUAAGAAUAGGUUUCAAAAAACAAAAAUUAUAGGAAUAUUAUUUUCUGAUGAGUACUACUAUUAUGCAACCCUUGCUAUUACGAUGCAACUAUGUAGUUGACAAAAAUAUAUCGGCAAACAAACACGGUGAAUAUUGUCAGACCAAAUAAUAGAAGAUUCUAAUUAGAAACGACGUUUACUUAUCUGUUUAACUGAUGAGAGGUAAUUGAAACCAAAUUUAGUAUGUUUAAAAAAAUUCAUCUCGAGUGGGUUGGCUAAAAAAAUCCUGGCGAAACUGUGAUUGAAUAAAAUUGAAAUAUGCACCUAAUAUUUGACAACACAUGGCACAACUCAAACUGUGACAUACUGCACCAUACAGUGUGUUACAAUAUCAUUGUUUUGUGUAAUAAAAAGUCAUUUUUUAAUUUUUUAUUAAUCACAGUCUUGCCAGGAAUUUUUUAGGCAACCCACUCGCGAUCUAUUUUUUAACAUACUAAAUUUGUUUUAAAACACUUAUCAUGCAUUAAGUAGAUGGGUAAAAGCUUUUUCUAGUUCGGCUCUUAGACUAGAAAGAGUUUAUUUUGAAUAACGUAAAUUGUUACUGAUAAGACCUUAGAAAAUUGAAUGGUUCUCCUAGAGAUAAUGUCAUCAGGCGAGAGAACUUAUUUUCCCUACUUACAUAUUUGAGUGCAGACCAUUUUUGAACACGUUAGUAGUAUGUCGCCAGUUUGACUGGAUAAUAGGCAGUUUUCAUGUCACCGUAUAUUAAGAAUGGCUGGAAUUUGGGACUUACAUAUCAUCUAGAGCUUCUAUUUCAUACCAAAUAGCGAGGUGAUAUGUAAGUUCGAAAUUCUCUGCCAUUUGAAUGAUCUGAGCGCAAAGUGGUGGCGAUGCGAUAAGAAAAUGUUACAAAUCAUGCACUAACAGCACUUAUGAAUUGAAAUGUUAAUAUCACCCUAUGAUUUAUGAGUUAAUUACUAAAAUGCGCCAAUACUAGAUGUAGAAUAUCUCCUAUAUUUUGCUGUAUAUACAAGUAUUGGAUUUUGACACUGUGAUGAAAUAUCUGAAUAAUUGACCGUACAAAUAAAUGUGAAUAAAUUAGAAAAUGUAAUCUUGACACUUCUAAUCUAGAUUUUACCGUUAUGACAAAUAGAGACACCAAACAACAAUUGUGUGAUUGUGGUCAGUCUUUCAGGUGCAUAUUGCAAAGUAUAUGCAUCAUGUAUAGGAAUACAAAAGUGGGUGUCAUAGGUACAAAACAUGAUUAUUCAUUUGUUAUAUUGUUGAUAGAAAUGUCCCUUUUUUUCCGACUAUUCACGAAUCGUCCAUGCUCACCCUGGAUCAGUGUUAACAGAUAUCAUAAAUAUCUUUUGAUUCAAAGAGCUUUUUGGACAAGUUCGUUACUUGUUAUAUAAUUGAAUCUCCAAAAUACCAACUAAGAACCAAUUCAUACCAAUAUAUAAUCCGGGAAUGGUAUUCCCAAUGGCAGUCGAAACGUCAGUAAGGUUCAUCAUUCAUCAACAGUGGUUUUGAAGGAGAGAGGAAAACAUUGAUGGAUCAGCACUAGAACAGAAUGACUUUCAAAAGUUUUUACCAAAAAGUAGUUAUACUGAGGGAGGAAACUGACCUUGGGUUUGAUUUGCACUACUUAUAACAAAGCACAGCGAUCUAUGCGAACCGUCCGUGGUUUCGUGGCCUGCUCAUAGAUGGCUCGGCAUCUGUCGAAGAAGCAGCCAUGCAGUGUUGCUAAACUGAGAUAAAUGUUUAGAAAAUGUUACUUCCUUGCUGAGGAGAAUGAAGUACAGUUAUUUCCUCGGUUUCUACCUACUUUACGGCAUAACGUCAUACGCAAUUCAGAGGUUGACUUCCCUAGGGGAUUUGUGCACUGCAUAAGGCGAUACUUCUAACGCUGCUGCUACUUGCUCUUAUGCACACUGACAUACUUGAAUUGUGCAACGAAGGACCGCACUUUUUGAAAAUAAUAAAAAAAUAUUAACACAGACUGUCGACAUUAUUGUAGUAAGUAUCGGAUAUCAAAAAGAGGUAAACUCAAAUCGCACAAUACUGACAGUGACAAACACAAAUUUUCAAGACUCGUACAUCGACGAGAAAAUGCAAUCGGCCUUCAUGCGUGGACGUUUAUGUAAGCUCACAGACGUACGUUUUUGGUUUUGUCUCGCCGCCUGAAACUUGUUUCGGAUGUUCUUUGUCUUCGAUAUAAAACGUGGCAAUACCUGAGACACAACCGUCGGCUAUCUGUAUCGAAUUUAUUGUAGUAUUUUGGCUGCAAUUGCUAAAAUGUCAAUGUCAGCUCUAAUAAAUAAAUAAGCUUUUCAGAAUACUAUUUACAACACGUGGAGAGACGUCGUCAUGAGCUGUUUUGUGAACGCCAUGUUUUCGGUUAAAUCGGUCUAUCUCUCUCUAAUUAAUUCGCCUUGUCUGUCUUCACUUGGUAUAAUUACUCUUUGGUUAUGCAUUAAAUAGGAUAAAGUUAUGUCUGUUGAUUUCUUUGAAUUCACCCUGUUUCAAUAACCAGAUUAUUAACUUACAUUAAUAUCAAGUAGUCGGAAGAAAUUCUUACCUAUCUGUAUACUUAUUUCAUGUACAACUCGACGUUACAUCAAGUCGUUUUCAAAUUUGACAGAUGUCGAUGAUAGUGCGUAUAUGUGAAAACGUGCCAUGUGCCGAGGGAUACAGUAUUAUUAAAAUGUAGGAAGAGCUGUCAUAUAAGCGCGCUUAUCUGUCAAAAACGACAAUAAACUAUUGUACUAGCCUGUAUGAGAGAUUGUUAAACUAUUAUACAUCUUUGAUAAACCUUGGUCUAACUAUAUGUGCAAAAACCUCAGAAUUUUAUUACUUGAUGAACAAAUAUUUGCAUUUACAGUACCUAUGUUAAAUGUAAACAGUAUAAAUGGGUGAUCUAAGUUACCUUUCUGUUUCAGAAUAGUCCAGUCAUGUGACAUAUAUCUGUGCUUAAUAGUAAGAUAUGGCAUUUUAUGUAUUUUGAGUUUCCCCUUUAACAAGAAAUGUUGAAUGACACUCUUAAAUUGAGGUAAGGAAGAUACCAUUGUUUAUCUAAAUGCACAUGUGUAUCUGUGGCGACCAUAUUGAAUCAUGUGUUAUAGAUUGACCACAGGAUUUCCUAAUCUUGUCAUGUUAGGCGCCGCAUUUCACGAGCUAAUUUAUACUGAAUCCGAAAUUUGUAAUAUAGUAAGAAACGCUUAAAGAACCAUUUUGUUCAACAAAAUGAGCCUUACGAGCUUUUUAUUAUUUAGUUCUGUUUUGCUUUCUCAUACAGGCUAAGAUUAAGUGUAUUUUUACAAACAUUGUGCGUUUAGUCGUAGUUCACAAAAAAUCUAAUUGUAUACACAUACAUGUAAGAGUUGAGUAAACUAUGUGUAUAUGUAUAUACUCAAUAAAGAGAUCGUUUAUGUUUGAUUUACGUGGCAGAGAACAUUCAAAAUGUUAGCAUGCUUUAUUAUGCAUGGCCCAUGUUAAUGAUUUCGAGACCAAAUUAUGUAUUCAGUAAGAUUUGUAAAUAUUGUACUAAAAGAAAGUUUAUUACUGUUAUCUCUCAUUAUUGUGUAUCACCGUGAUUGCUUUUACUUUCGAACAGUUUCGACGAAUAAAAAAAAUUCUUUUUUUGUAUAUAAUUGUAAAACUUGAUAAUACCCAGUAGAAGUUCAAUAAAUUUUUGGGUUAAACUCUGAGAAUGUAUUUUUUCGUAUUGCCCAUUCGAACUCUUGUAUGGAUUAUAUCAAUUUUUAAGUUGUGACCAUCUUGCUACCAACGCAUUUUCUUUUCACGAUUAUACAGUGUAUUAUAGCUGGUCUGUAUGACAACUUAUUUGAAAAAUUUAUAUUUUUUAAAUAUGAUUGGUCGUUUUAUUGUUAGUUAUAUAUGUAUACAAAAUUAUAACAUCUAUAUAAAUAGGUAUUUAAAUAAAGUACUACUAUUGCUGUGA